GGAUGCUCCCACCCCGAGUAGAGGAUCGACUGACUGAAAAUCGAGAGAGAGCCCGUGAAAACAUUCAAGGUGUCAGUGGAUGUCAGUCGUAUAAAGCAGAGGAGUGAGACAUCGCUCGAGGCUAUAUAGCGUAUAUUUACAAGUUACAAAUCGUAGCCAAACGGCGAAUUAAGUGAUCGUGACUUUCGCCGAUGGGAUUCCAUAACUCCUAGUUGUUUGGUCAUUUUUUCGAAAUAAACACAAGGUGGAGCGGGAAAAAUACGAGGAUAAAACUGCUCCUAUUUGAUCCCCCAAAAAACAACCGAGUGAGCUGUUUGCCACGAGCCUUCUUGAUAAUGAUUCCAUUUCACGGUACUGGUAUUAAUUAACGCAGAACCAAUUCGACCGCUCGCUUGCUUGCUUGCUUGGCUGGCUCGAGAUGGGAAGAAAUACCUGUUAACCUUGGCGCCAGUAACUGGACGAGGACUCGCUAUCCCUCUCCGACGCCCGCUCGCGCAUGUAUAAGUUCUGCGUAUCAACAAAAUUACAUAGGAAUAAAGCGACAAUUGAGAUCCAGUCAAUUUACAAUGCCCAUUAUCUUUACUAUCGACAUCAGUACCUAUGAGCCGUGAUGUGGUGGACUAAGGUUAUCGGAAUAUGGCUGGCGACGUGGGGUUGCCUCUUUCGAGGCAUCAAUUUAGCACCCCAGGCGAGUAAGAAGCAAGUUCCAUGCGACAAGAGUCGAAAAGUCUUCACAGACUCGUGGGGCAUCAUUACCGAUGGUCCUACGGGCUCCAACUAUACACAGGACUCGCACUGCGAGUGGUUGAUCAAGGCUGACAACAGUCGCCAGUUUAUUACACUCAUCUUCAGAACAAUGGAAACAGAAUGCAGUUACGAUUACGUUUUUGUGUAUGACGGGGAUUCGUUUAGGUCUCCGCUACUGGGCAGCUUCAGUGGCAAAACUGGGCCUCAAAACGUCACUUCAUCCUCUGGCUACAUGCUGAUAUUAUUGUACAGUGACACUAACUAUGUGCUCAAUGGAUUUCAAGCAGAAUUCUCAGUCACAAAUUGCCCGAACAAUUGCACAGGCCAUGGAGUUUGCCUACAGAACACAUGUGUUUGUGAAAGCGAAUGGGGAGGUAAGGAUUGCUCUAGAGCUCUCUGCCCAGACAAAUGUGGAGGCGGUGUUUGCAAAAGAGGAAGAUGCCUCUGUCACAGUGGAUAUUCAGGACAGUCCUGCUCACUGGACAGAAGAGAUGCAGUCGGGAAUCGAUGGCAUUGGCUCUCACAUUCUGAAGGUGGUAUGACUCCUCGUGCAGCUCAUACUGCGGUUUACGUCAAUGAGACAGAUGCUCUUUACGUGUUUGGGGGGUAUGAUCUCAACCAUAUACUUGGAAAUUUGGAAGUAUAUCGGUUUUCUAACAGCCAAUGGGAGGACGAAUAUGGAGUGAUUCUUGAAGGAGCAUCGUCACCUGAUUAUCUUGAUCCAAUGCUCAUAACAAGCGAGCUAGAGAAAGCCGGUCCUGGAGGUGAAGAGCGAUUUGGCCUACGCCCGACAUCGUUUUUCAGAAAUCUCCUCUACAGUAUCAAAGACAACAGUACAUUUAGUUUAAGACACAGAGCAACUGUUGAGGCUGGUCAACAUGGGUGGAGAGAGCUAAGAAAUACCCCUGAACAUCGAGAAAGAGAGAGAAAAGAGCAGGAGGCAAGGGAAAAAGAACUCCGGGAAAGACGAGAGAGAAAUGAAAGGAAUGAGAAACUGAGGCGAAAGCAUUUGACACGGCGCCCAAGACCACGAUAUACUAGAUACGCUGAACUCGACGAAGACUCAGAUGAGCCUGCGUCAAAGACUGAUGAUGAUAUGUCAAAUUGGGAGGAUAAAAUAUCUGCAAGUAAUCCGUUAGAUGAAAAUCCUUACAUUCAGGAAAUCAUCGAGCCCAAAUUCACGACUGAAUCAACAGUAGUUAAAGAAGAUUGUACGACACCGAAUCUUGACGAGCUACCAAAGCCCACUCCGAGAUAUGGUCAUGCAGCUUGCAGAUAUGAGGGUGGCUUUGUAAUAUAUGGUGGCAAAGUUGAAGAUGGUUCACUUUCUAAUGAACUUUGGCAUUACGAUGUUGUAAAACGAACUUGGACUCUGCGUGCCAAAAACUCACCAUUUUAUCCUCCUCGAUUGACAAGACAUUCCCUAACUCUAGUCAACGAUGAGAUAUAUUUAUUCGGGGGAAGUACAAUUGAUGGAGAAUUUUCAUCAAACCUUUAUAAAAUUAGCCUCAAUUUGUCUGACGAGACGGCAUCGGAAAGGUGGAGAGAAGUGCGCCCCAGGGGUGGCAAGGAGUUGGAUGUUCGUGUUGUAGCACAUUCUACGGUUUACCAUCAGCCCACAAAUUCUCUUUUAGUCUACGGCGGUGUUGUCGCGAGUGUGGCACGUUUCAGCAAACUUUCCGACAGGAUGUUCGUUUUUCAACUCGACAGAAAGGUCUGGUCAGAGAUCCAUUAUCCAAGAGCUCCUCUGAGGGAUACUUAUGUGCCACGGGAACGUGCUUUCCACACAAGCACUAUCAUAGGAAAUUAUCUAGUUGUAUUUGGAGGAUACUCUCAUAGGCAUAACAAGGAGGAAAUUUGCUACGGCAAUCAGAUGUACCUUUACCAUCUCGGCUGUCACGCUUGGGUCAGUCAUGACAUCUUAGGACAGAAUGAUAAAUCAGAUUCAUCUUCCCACUCUCAAUAUCCGAAACAACAGGGAGUCUUUGCUCAUGCGGCUGAUGUGAGGAACGGAAACACAUUGCUCCUUGUCGGAGGCUAUCAUGGCAACGUAAAUGCGGACCUUCUUGCUUAUACUUUGCCACCCAUGCUGGCUCCCAGAGAUGGCGAUUAUAUUGAACCAGAACAAAUUUGCUCAAGGCAUAAACGCCUCGCAGAUUGCGCGGCUAAUCCUGAAUGUGGUUGGUGCUCUGCUGAUGAGAUUUGCUAUGGUCGUACUGUUGGCAGUAACUGCACAACAAAUUUGCAAACGACAAGGUGUCCCGGCAUUUGUCCAGCCUUGGGAGAUUGUCAUUCGUGUCUAAUUCAUGGACAGCCAGGCGGUCGUUGGGGAACAAGCGCAAGGGGGGGUACUUCAGUUUCCAAUAAAUUAAAUCUAGGUACGUGUACAUGGUGCGUUCAGAACGCAAGAUGCCACCACAAAGACGACAAUUAUGGUGUCUGCGGUCUGCGAGAAGAUACGGCGUCUCAGAUACCUGGAUGGUGGGGCUCGAAAGGAACGGAAAUUGCAAAAGUCGAAGAGUGCAGAGAAUUGGACCGACGACCUGGACUAACGUUUCUUAAAUACAAACCACCAGUUAAUUUCAGCCAGCCUGAUUCUGUGACUAUCGUCAAUGCGACUACUGUCGACUUUAACGUACCCUCAAUGCAAGGUGCCAAAACAGAGUCUGGUCUUGGUGGAGAAAUGAUCGCAAGACUGCUUGGUUUUCUCAGACCGCCUCAGUCUGUUUGGGAAAGCACCGCCGAACAUCUAAAGAUUUGCGUUAGUUAUAAUAGUGCGACUCUUCAUGUAUCACACAGCGACGACGCUCGAGAGUUGGCUUUAGUUGCUAAUCUGACUGCCGAGGCAUCUCAAUGCAUACCCACAAACUGGCCAGAUGGAAACCCAACAAUGUUACUACCAGGUCGUUAUCUCCUAGACUUUGAGUCAAGACGUAUGGUGACAACGAACUAUGCUUAUGCCAGUAAAAUGGAAAUAACGCAUAACAAACGCAAUGAGAAUCCCAAAGUAUUCACCUUUGAAUACCUUGAACCGUUCCAAAACGGUUCCUGUCACCAGUACCACAACUGUCUUCACUGUCUGACAGAUUCAUCUUGUGGGUGGUGCGAUAUAACGAACAAAUGCAUGUCCAGAUCGUCCAAUGAGACUGAAAACUGCGCAGCUAACGUUGAAUGGGACGAAGAUGGACAACCCAUAAGUGAAUGGCACUACCUCACUAUAACACCUUCAACCUGCGCCAACUGCUCUAAUUAUAUUUCAUGUGAAUCGUGUGUUGGAAGUAAUCUGUGCGAGUGGUGGACCGAGGAAGCUAAAUGCGCAAGAAUUGGCCGUCUGCCUAACGCGGUUGCUAGCAUUGAUCGCUGCCCUGUACCAUGCAGGCAGAGGUCCAGUUGCACCCAAUGUCUCGACGAAAGAGGACGAUGCGUUUGGUGCGAGGCCACGCAAGAGUGUUUUUCAUUCUCAGUUUACACGUCUGAGUAUCAGUUUGGUCUCUGCAGAGAGUGGAUGGACCAGGCUGGCUUAAUGGGAAUAACUUCAAGGUCUAGUUCAACACUGACUGGUAUUGAUCAAUGCAAGAGCUGCGGGAGACAUGCAAACUGCUCAAGUUGUCUUCACUCUUUGAGCUGUGGCUGGUGCUACAGCUUAGAAAAUCCUAUCACAGGAGUCUGUGUUCAGGGUGAUUUCAAUCAACCGCAUGUAAAUUGCAGCGCAGCCAUUAACGCUAGACAAAACUCUACCCUAAAUCCUGAGGACGCUGGAUGGGCCUACGCCCAAUGCCCAGAUGUCGAUGAGUGCGAUCUCGGUCUUCAUGAUUGCCACCCUAAUGCCGCUUGUACAAACACCCAUGGGAGUUUCAGUUGUCAGUGUAAGAGAGGCUUCAAUGGAGAUGGACGAGAAAACUGCACCAAGACUUGUUACGAAAAAUGCGUUAACGGAUACUGCAGUGAAGCUCCCGAUUAUAAGUGCGAGUGUAAUUUGGGAUGGACUGGACCAGACUGCAGAACCAACUGUGGAUGCUAUAAUCAUUCCACUUGCGUUCAUGGUCCUGGUGUUUGCGACGAGUGCCAAAAUUGGACGACUGGAAAAUACUGCGAAGAGUGCAAGGCUGGAAGCUUUGGAAAUGCUACCACAAGCUUGGGGUGCAGCAAGUGCAAUUGCAACGAACAUGGCGAUAAAGACAGCGGUGUUUGUGACCGACAGACUGGGAUUUGCUUCUGCAGAGAUAACACCAAAGGAAACAAUUGUGAAUUGUGUGAAAUGGGGUAUUACGGGAAUCCGAGGAACGGAGGAAUGUGCUAUUACGGGUGCAUGGCCAGGGGUAUGCUAGGUGGCGAAACUGCCGGAAGACAGGGACUGGGAAGCAGACACUCGCAGGUAGCUCUAUUGGCAACGCAACAAGGCGGACCACCGACCAGAGAAUGUCUAUGGAUAGUGAGCCCAGCAUCCGGACUUUCUCCUGAAGCCAUGACGCCAAGUAUACAAAGUGUUAUACAAUUUACGCUUCAUGACGAUAUCGAUAUAAGUUGCCAGGAAAACAGCGUCUACGUUUACGAUGGUCUUCCUGACUUCGUGUCCACCACAACUAGCCACCAGAGUCAACUCCUUGGUGUUUAUUGCACAGAGAGUACCAACUAUCCUGUGACUGUUGAGGCGAAAUCAGGGUUUCUGACUGUGCACUAUAAGCAGCUCGACGACGUUGAAGGUUUCAACGCAAGCUACGUCGUUAUGACUUGUAACAAUUGUCCUGACAAUCGAGAGUGCAGAAAUGGUAACUGCUUAUGCAAAACUGGAUUCGUUGGUAUAAAUUGUGACAUUGAGCUCUGUCCAAACAACUGUACUGCCUUGAAGAAACAAGGCAUAUGCGAUAAGAGCUACGGUCACUGUGUCUGUACCUCUGGAUACGGGGGUCGCGAUUGUUCGGUUAAAAUAAAGGAAAACCAAUUGGUUUUCACGGAGUUAUUCAACUCCGAAUACCUUGCUGACAAUCUUGAUCAUCUUCGAAAAACUUUGCCCAGAUUUGGCCACAGUCUCGUUGCUGAUCGCAGAGGAAGCCUUUGGAUGUUUGGCGGCUAUUCUCUCAGUAAUGGACCUCUCAAUGAUAUCAGACUGUUUGAUACUAAAAACAAUACCUGGAUGCCGGUUACCGUCGAGUCGACAUCUGAGGCGUCAAUGCCUCAAGGACGGUAUUUCCAUGCUGCUGAAAUAGUUCACAGUAGACAGCAGAUUUACGUGUAUGGUGGUCUUUCGAUGAAGGAGGAAGGUGUACAAGGAUUGUCUAAUAACACGCUAGACGAUUUUUGGAAAUUCAGUCUGCAGAAUCAGAGAUGGAGUCAUAUUACUCAGGAUGCUUCCAAAAAAGAACCGCCUCCAUUGGCUGGACACACUUUGACCCUUAGAAGAGAUGGAGAAUCGGAAAGUCUGAUACUUGUCGGUGGAUUUAGCCCAAAAUAUGGGUAUCUUGAGACGGUUUGGGAGUUUAAUUUGGAGUCUGAGACGUGGGACACUGUUAAUACUACUGGAAAUGGCCCAUUGGGUGUUUACGGGCAUUCGACUGUCUAUCAUGCAAGGUCCGAGAGCUUUUACGUUUUCGGAGGAUAUACCUAUUCCAUAAAUAGAACCUUCAUAUCCAACAAACUUUACGCUUUAAAUUACAAAACACGGGUUUGGUCUGUGCUUCCUCCAUUCAUUGAUGAACUAACUGAUGGGAAUAGCUUGCCACAAGCUCGUUUUCUUCACUCUGCGGUUACAACGGAUGAGUAUAUGGUAAUUUUUGGAGGUCGUCAGUAUCCACGUAAUACGACAGAUUCAUUAAUAGCCUACAAAUAUUCCUGCAAUCUGUGGAUACGCUUGAUAACCACAGACAUGGACAUCAUAGGAACACCACCACCUCCUGCCUAUGCUCAUGCAAUGACGCAUGCAGACCCAGAAACUAACGCUAUUUACGUCGUAGGAGGAUUUGAUGGUGGAAUUAAAAGUCACGUUACGCUGAUAAACAUCCCUGAAGAUCUUUGCAGUCUUUGGACAGAUAAACCAACCUGUCGAAAGUAUUUUGGAUGCUCAUUCUGCGCCGUCACCACUCUGUCAGGGACAAAUGCGACUUACUGUUUCUCUAAUGAAAAUCUUGAUAAUAGAGAAGACAAGUGCGACGUUAACAUCACACAGGCACAGCGGUCCAACGGAUUAUUCUGUAACGCGGACUGGAUGGCGUCCAGAACGUGUGCGAAUUUUAAAACGUGUACCGAGUGUUUGGCUCAGUGGCCUUACUUCAAAGGAGACGAGCCUGUUUGUAAAUGGUGCAAAAAUUGUCCACAUGGAAAGUGUAUUCCAGCAGAAAAGGAUUGUAAUGAACAGAAAAAGUGUAAUCUCUCUGUAAGCGAUGUCAAUCAAUGCGGAGAGAGGCAAUGUCCGGCCAGUGAUUGUGAGAAGUGUAAAAGCCUUGGAAACUGUGUCUGGACCAGACAAGUUUUAAAAACUUUUGAACUCGGCAUUAAAGUUUCCGCAGAACCUGUGUAUGACUGGAAUUGCGUUGCUGAAGAUAUAUUCAACAGAUCCAGCAUAAAGAUGAGAAAUACUCCGCAGGCUCAGUGUGACAGCAGGUGCAGUGACCAUAAGGAUUGUAAGAACUGUCUUAAGGGCACAGGAGCUGAAGGUGGAUGGAGCGAAUGUCGAUGGUCAACACAGCUAAACGAGUGCAUCUCCCCGUCGUAUCAACCACUUUACUGUGCUGGAGGUGUGUGCGGUUUGGUGCUUCGGGGGGCAGAUUCUGAUCACUGUCCUGAGCCAUGUGAAACUUUUAAACAAUGCAGUACGUGCUUGAAACAUACGCACUGCGGAUGGUGCUCACUUGACUCCCAAAACAUAACUGGGCAGGGGAUAUGUACUGAAGGAUCCCUUGAAGCCCCGGCGGAACAUCCAGCUGGUGGAACUUGUGAGAUGCUAUAUAACCAGCUAUAUGCAACGCCAGAGACGCCCACUACACCGCCUCCUGUACCGCAACUUAGCGAUUCUACCGAAGAAAAAGACAAUGUAACAAUUCCUGUACCAGCCAUAGUUAUUCCUCCGAAAUUUUCAUGGUACUAUGUGAGCUGCCCGCCAGAAAACGAGUGCGAAAAUGGUCAUCACACCUGCUCACCACAAAGCGAACAGUGCGUCGAUAUGGACGAAGGAUUUAAAUGCGUCUGCGGUUCUGGAUACAAGCCUGAAAAUACCACAGCCGUCAAUGCGUUUGGAAGGAGUAUCUGCGUUCCUGUUUGCUCACAAGGUUGUGUAAGAGGCACGUGCAUCGAACCUGAUGUCUGUCGUUGUGAUUUUGGCUACGUAGGUGCCAACUGUUCUAUUCAGUGUCAGUGCAACGGUCAUAGUAACUGUGCUGGACCCGAUAAACUGGAUGUGUGUCUAGAGUGCCACAACAACACAAUGGGUCCCCAGUGCGAGAAAUGCUUGCCACUAUUUGUCGGCAACCCUGCAGACAACGGACAGUGUGUACCCUGCUUGGAUUACUGCAGUGGGCACACUCACGUCUGUAUCAACGAAAGCAUGAUUGUAACCGAUCCGAGCGAGGUAGGAAAAAUGUCCGUGGAAAUGUGGAAGGAGAAAUUAGUUGAGGGACCGAUAGCUAAUGCAAGAUGUGUCGAGUGCAAAAAUAACACGAAAGGAGAUAAGUGCGCAGAAUGCAUCAAGGGGAAUUUUAGGGGUACCGAAGACCUUAGAGAUGUUUGUAGACCCUGUGAGUGUCACGGUCAUGGAGAUACGUGCGAUGCAGUGACAGGUGAGAAAUGCAAUUGCGGCAACAAUACAGAAAGUGAGCAGAACUGUGCGAGUGGUCCGAUAAAAGCAGCUAAUACUGGAGCCACCCCCUGCUGGAUGGUUCAGUGCAGUAAGUGCCGAGAAAACUAUGCCGGAACACCGACGAUGGGUCACCAGUGCUACAAGACUGUUACUGUAGACAACAAGAUGUGCUUCGAUUCGAAAUUAAUAGACUUGCAUCAUGCUUUUAUGUCCGGAGGAUCACAUGAUGAGUGCAAAGUCAAGCCCAAACCGCUGAACCCAGGACAAACUGUAUUCUACAUGGUUCAGCCAAGGUUCAUGAACGUUGAUAUUCGAGUUAUGGUUGAUGUCACUCAAGGUGCACUAGACCUCUUUCUCAGUCCCAGAGACGACUCUUUUGUCGUCAGUUUAAACAGCUCUACGGGAUAUCAGGACGUCGAACUGGAUAGUCGAUUCAAAUUACGCAAUGACUAUCACGAUGACUGGUUGGAUAAUCACCCUUACAACAGGAUGCGAAGGGUUGAAUUCCACCCCCAAGAAUCCUCGUCUUCUCAGUCGAACGAUACAACAACAACUGAAAGUAACUGGAUCUCAGGGGCGCAGUACGUUGUAAUGGAGCGUUACGCAGAGGGUCUGGCAACCUUUGUGACGAUAGAACAGCAAAACACUUUCCUAGUGAUAAGAAAUCUAACAAACAGACUGGUUCUUACGUUGCCACAGGACAAGCAUGAGCUUGGCCAGACAAAAUUCCACAUAGCACUUCGUGCGAUAGACGCUCCCAGCCCAGAAAUAAAUGGGAGAGCCGCCUAUGGCAUGAUUUUCUUCAGGCAGGACCAGCUUCAUAUUGACCUCUUCGUAUUUUUCUCGGUAUUUUUCUCCUGCUUCUUUCUUUUCCUAGCAGCGUGUGUAGUAGCUUGGAAGACAAAGCAGGCAGCUGAUAUCAGGCGAGCUCGCCGACGACACGUAGUCGAGAUGCUACACAUGGCUAAACGCCCGUUUGCUUCCGCCACUAUUUUGUAUGACAGGGACGGCUGUAGCGGUCUCAGUCCCAGUUCUCCUCUUAGGAAAGGGCGGCGUAGCAAACAGAUGAACUUUCACAGUGACGUCAGACCUGUCGCCGUUGAACCUACAGACGACGGUGUUGCUGCUGUUGCGACUGUUUUUAUUCGUCUACCUGGGGGACGACAGGCACCAGUUAAACUUGCUCUGGGUAGUUCUCUCAUUUUAUUGGCACGAGUUCAUCCUGUUAAUGGGAGAGCGUUCUUGAGACGUAGGAAUAGCCAUGCCCCAAAUUAAGUAUAAAUUUUACACAAAGUCCAUAUGACUAUUAUACUGUCAUUAUUUUUACCAUUGUCACUAUAAUUUUUCUUGUCUCUCUUUAUCAGUUAUCAUUGCGUCCUUAUAUUUUUAUCAUUAUUAUUAUUAUCGGUAUUAGUAUUAUUUAUACAAUUUCAAUGAUGUGCAGCUAAAUUUUAUUCUGAAAUUUUUAUUACAUAUCCAUUUACACUCGACAAAUAUAAUUUGGGUUGUUGAAAUAAGUUUUUUCGGUAUAUAUGGUGCGACUAAAUUUUGCUAAGGAAGAAAGUUUGAAAAGAAAGAGUCUUUUUUUUCUGAUAUAAUUCUGAUUGUUAUAGAGAAUACUCAUGUCGCGCCAUCCACUGGUGAAUGUUAUUUAAUUGUUGUCAUUGUUGUUAUUACUAUUAACAUUAUUAUUAUUAUUAUUUUAUUUCGUUUCUGUACUUUUUUAUAGUUCGAUCAAAGCUCUUUGUUUGAACUGAAGGGUUCAAAAUUUUUGUCCCUAAAUUUGUUUCGAUACGAAUGUAAAUACUUUCUUGCAACAGUUUAAUUGUAGAUAUGACAUUUUUUAAACCUCAAAUGAAACUGUCGUUGGUAUAUGGAUUAUGCACGGGUUGCAGCUCACUUUAAAAAAAAUUUGAUCCGUGUAUAAUAUUACGUAGUAUUUUAAUAUAUUUGAUUUUAUUUUUCAAUAAUAGAUAAUAUAUGUUGCUAGAUUCAAAGUCAUAAAAUACUUUGUGAUUUUUAGCAAUAAGCUAGGCCACAAUUUUUUUUUUUUUUUUUCUUUUUUUUUCCUGUCUUUUGAACGGCUAUUGCCAAUUAUUAUUAUUAUAUACAAAUAUACAUAAAUAAUUAUAUAAUAUUUUUACAAUCGAAUUUAGACAUUCCUAGGCAAUAUUCCGACCGUAAUAUAGGUACAAACAUCCUAUAUAGAAUAACAACUAUUUUACAACACUCUAUUGGGUAAUUAUGGUUUCUUCAAUACGAUUAAUAUUAUAUUAUUAUAUAUUAUGAUUAAUAUCAUGAUAUUCCAUGUUACUUUUGAUUUUCAUUUCUCUAAUAAUGACCAUGUUGUCGCGUGGAGUGGACUGGAAGUUUGUAUA